GGGUAUCUGAUGAUAAGGCUUUGCUGAGUUUUAACUUUUAUCUUCGUAUGAGUAAUUAAUGAAAUCAUUUGUUCUUAAGAGUGAUAUAAGCAGGACUGGUUUGUUAGUAGCAAAAUAAUUUGCAGAAGAAUUAUGGAUGGUGAUGAAGCAAGAGACUUGUUUCAAGCUCAGUCUCAUUUGUACAAACACAUAUUCAACUUCAUCAGUUCUAUGUCACUCAAGUGUGCAGUUCAGCUUGGCAUACCGGACAUAAUCAACAGCCACGGCCAACCCAUUACUCUCCCUGACUUGGUCACAGCACUUCAAAUUCAUCCGGCAAGAACUGGGCAUGUGCACAGGCUCAUGCGCCUCAUGGUACGCUCUGGCUUCUUUGCUAUAAAACAAGUUCGUAACAAUCAAGAAGAAGAAGAAGAAGAAGAAGAAGAGGCAUAUGAUCUUACACCAUCUUCUAGGCUACUCUUGAAGGAUAAAGUUCCCAGCUUGUCACCUUUUGUUUUGGCGAUGCUUGAUCCGGCCCUUGCAACCCCAUGGCAGUUCUUGGGAAAUUGGUUCCGAGGGAACGAGCUAACCCCAUUUGAGAGUGCACAUGGGAUGGGAUUUUGGGAAUAUGGAGACCAAAACCCUGAGUUCAACAGUCUUUUCAACGAGGCAAUGACUAGUGAUUCUGGAAUGAUGAACUUGGUCAUUAAAGAUUGCAAGCCAAUCUUUGAAGGGUUGAGUUCAUUAGUUGAUGUUGGGGGUGGUACAGGCAAAGUUGCUCGGAUCCUUUGUGAGGCCUUCCCUCACUUGAAAUGCACCGUUCUUGAACUUCCACAGGUUGUUGCUAAUUUGACAGACACUGAGAAUUUGAAGUUCAUUGGAGGUGAUAUGUUCCAGGCCAUCCCUCCAGCCGAUGCUAUUUUACUCAAGCUGACUUUACAUGCUUUGAGCGAUGAGGAAUGCUUGAAGGUUCUGAAGAAAUGCAGAGAAGCCAUUCCAGGCAAUGGUCAAGGGAAGGUCAUCAUCAUAGACAUAGUGAUAGACGAUACGAAAGAUGAGCACGAAAUAACAGAAGCAAAGCUCUUCUUUGACCUGCUGAUGAUGGUUGUGGUUACUGGAAGAGAGAGAAGCGAGAAGGAUUGGAAAAACCUCUUCCUUGAGGCUGGCUUCAGCAACUACAAGUUAACACCAAUAUUUGGUUUGAGGUCUCUUAUUGAAGUCUAUCCUUAGAAACAAUCAUGUAUUGCAAGAUUUAUGUGGCUGCUGAAUAAAUUAAAUCACAUUUGCAUA